AUGUCCUUCCAUAGUUUUCCCUUGUUUAUGCUCUCGAAAAGAGCAACUGAGGCAACAUCGAAGGUUCUUUCGAAGAAGAAAGUGCCUGCAGCUGCAGCCAGGAAGAAGGUGGAGGUUCGCUUGAACACAACACGGUUUAGGGUGGUCCACGCAGACAUUGUGGAGGAAAAUUCAAGAAAAUCGCUUUUCUUGUCGAACUGA